CGCCAGCGAGCGCUGCGGACGGCGCAGAUUUGGCGGGCUGCUGUUACUGCUGCUGCUGCCGCCGCUGCCACCACCACGGAGCGAGCCCGACUCCUCCUGCCCGAGUCGCGCCGUGCGAAUGCUUGAUGGGGAGCUGCCGAGUCCGGCCUGAGCUUGGCGGCUGCUAGAGCGUGAGGCCCGGGAGGCUGAGGAAGGAGCGGCGGCGGCGGCGGGGUUGCAGCCCAGCCGGGCUCGCACAGCAUGGUUGAAUAUGUUGUGGAAUAUAAUUAUGAUGCUGUACAUGAUGAUGAGCUAACCAUUCGAGUUGGUGAAAUCAUAAGGAAUGUAAAAAAGCUUGAAGAGGAAGGAUGGCUAGAAGGAGAACUAAAUGGGAAAAGGGGCAUGUUUCCUGAUAACUUUGUUAAGGAAGUUAAAAGAGAAAUUGAAUCUAAAGAAGAUGGUUUGCCAGUCAAAAGAGAAAGGCAUGGAAAUGUGGCCAACCUUGUUCAGCGUAUGAGUACUUAUGGGCUUCCAACCGGAGCAUUCCAGCCUCAGGGUAAAGGCUUCAGAAGAAGGUCAAAAAAGCGACCAUGUAAAGUUCUGUUUGAAUAUACUCCUCAGAAUGAGGAUGAGUUAGAACUGAAAGUAGGUGACAUUGUAGACGUGAAUGAAGAGGUGGAAGAAGGCUGGUGGAGUGGGACUUUAAAUGGCAAGACGGGCCUUUUUCCUUCUAACUUUGUAAAAGAACUAGAGAUUACAGAUGAUGGAGAAGUACAAGAAAGCUUAGAAGACACAGAAUCUGUUUUUCAUGGACCACAGUCUCCUGCAACCUCACCAGGAAAUGGUAGCGAGUCUCCACAGAUAGCACAACCAAAGAAAAUCAGAGGAGUUGGGUUUGGAGAUAUUUUCAAAGAAGGCUCAGUAAAACUUAAGCCGAGAUUGUCUAGUAAUGAUUCAGAAGAAAAAAAGCAAGAUAAGCCAUUACCUAAUCUUCCAUCUGGACCAAAGGUAACCUCAUUCCAUGGCACAACAAAAUCAGAAAUGGCAACAGAAAUUGCAAAAACAGAAACAGAAAGCAAACAAAAACCUAAAGAAUACUGCAAAACUGUGUUUGCCUAUGAAGGUACUCAUGAAGAUGAACUUAAUUUUAAAGAAGGUGAUAUUAUCCAAAUAAUAAGUAAGGACACUGGGGAGGAAGGAUGGUGGAGAGGCAUUCUUAAUGGCAAAGAAGGAGUUUUUCCAGAUAACUUUGCAGUUCAGAUUCAUGAAUCUGAUAAAGAUUUUCCCAAGCCAAAGAAGCCACCACCUCCUGCAAAAAGUCAAGGUUCUAAGGCUGAUCUUCUGCCUGUGGAGAAGAAGUUUCCUCAUCUCAGGAAUGAAGAAAAGGAUGAAAAACCAGUGUUGGAUCAGAAGAUCUCUAAACCAGUGGCUCCCCAAGUACCACCAAAAAAACCUGUCCCUCCAAACAAGGCUAAUAGCAUAUUAAAAGCUGGGAUCUUGCUUUCAAAAUGGCCAGAUAAAACAGUUUUGCAACCACCAGUUCCUAAGAUAAAUGGGGAAAUUGCAUCCUGGAGGCCAAAGUCCGAAAUUGAGCCAACAGUGAAACCAAAGAUAGACUCUGAACAGUUACCAUUGAAAUCAAAAUCAGUAGAGGUAGACUCAGCCGCACUACGGAACUUGAAAGAAACAGAACUUUUAAGUUUUGAUGAUCUAUCGCCUACCUCAGAUAAUUUAUCACAUCCCACUGCAAAUAGGCCAAAGAUGCCCGGCAGAAGACUUCCUACUCGCUUCAAUGGCAAUGGCAAGAAUCCUCCUACUCAAAACAUAGAAAAAAAUGUGAAGGUGCGUAAAGAGGAAGAAGAAAGUGCCAAAUUAAAAUUAUCUGAGUGUAAAAAGCCAUCAAAACUUACUUCACCAGUUCUGACUUCAUUACCACGACCAAGUUCUAUUGUAAUAAAUGCAAUUGCUGGAGAAGCAAAGCUCAACCAGGAAACAGAUGAAGGGGAAAAAUAUUCUAUAGAAGAACUAAGAUCUCAGAUCUUUGAUCUCCUGUUGGCUGUAGAAAGCUUGAAAAAGGAGCAUGGGAAACAACUGGAAAAACUGAAAAAAGAAUUGGAGGAAGAAAAGCAGAUGCGAAGUACCUUAGAGAUGGAAAUAGAAAAGCUCAAGAAAGCUCUCAUAACUACAUGAAAGAGCCGCAUUCCGUUGAUCCUUAAUGUGCCAGGAUUUCAGAAUCAGAAAUGAAAUUGACUUUUUUAAACCUCAAGCCAACGGAUGAUAGCAUUCCAUUAGAAAAAAAAAUCUGAGUAUAAUCUUAUUUAUAUUCUGUGAGCUAUGAGGAAAAAAAUGGAUAGCUUUUUUGUUUGUUUCUUGCCAAUAUAGGAGAGGCCUUAUUUCUUACUGUGCAGUAUGGCAGGGUUUGCUUGAGAAUACUACUGAAUCUGUAUAAAAGGGGGGUUCUUAGUAUAUUUUUAUUGAAUAUACCCUAAUUUUAAGAGAUCUGUACUAUAAAUAAGGCAAUAUAACUUUGCAAAUAAACUGUAAAAAUAUAUAGUAUAGGAGAGAGGCAAAUGGUAUAGUUUUGUACGUUUACUAGUCUUUUCAUCAUGCUAAAGGGAAUAUGACGUUAAUCAUAUGCUGUUUUAUUGUUCAGGUCUUUUGAGUUUGUUCUCACUAUGAAGCAGAAGGAUCACCAAACUCUACCACUAUGAUAUUGUAAUAUUUCCUUAACUGAGAAUCCAAAGUACAGUACUGUGAUUCUUGCACUAUAGAAUUUAUAGAAAAGGUCUAUAAUUAGGACAUAUGGACACAUAUAAACACAUGAAUACUUAGAAAAAUCAAGGGAUAAAAUUGAGAUAAUCCUAUAAUAUGACAUUUUUGCUAAUUUCUACAGAAUUGACAUGUUAAAUAUUCUCUUGAGUGUUUCAUUUCUUUUUACAAAUUAUAAAUCUAACACUACAAUAUUAUGAGCUUUAAAAUGCUUUGCACUAAUAAUUGUAAAAUUUUAAAAACCUACAUAUAACAAAAUAUUUAAAGCUACCAGUUUUCUAAAUGCAGUCUUAAAAUAAGGGUAUAUCAUCUACAUAGUUGUUAAAGAAUUCAGUAAAUCAAUAAUGAGUUUUUAGAUAAAUAUUUGGCUUAUGUUUUAAAAUUCAAAUUGAAUUACUGUAUAUUUUUAACAAAGUUUCUUUGAGUCAUCUUGUUUUAAGUUAUUUCUACAGCCUAAAAUCCCAUUUAUUUUCUGUAAAGAAGAAAAACUGAACUUAUUCAGUGCUCUGUUCAAGCCAAAGAUAAAAGUAUAAUUCAGCCCUUUUUUCUUCUAGCAUUGCUAUCCUAAAACUUCAUUGAAAGAGGAAACUGUUUCAUUAAUGAUUUUAGGCUUGUUCUAAAUGAGUGGAAUGUUUUGAUGCCUAUGUCCUGUUUUAUAUGGCAAUAAUAUUUUGUCUUGGAUGUGAGCAAACCAUGUUGGUGUUUUUAACAUAAAUCUUAAUUCUAAUUGCAAUUAUAAAUCAGUGGAUUAAAAUUGGAAAUGAAAAAAUGGGUGUGUAAAGUCAUGAUGCCUGUUUGCUUACUAUAUAUAUACAGAGCUAAUAACAUAUAACUAAUAUAUCACUUAAUGAUCAUCCUCUGUUGCCAGUUUUUUCUUAGUAAUCAUAGUAAUAAAUAAUGUUCUCAGAUUAUUAAUUUCUAGCUCAAAGAGAUUCAUUUCAUACUAAUUUAUAAAGAGAUUGAUUAUUCUUGGCUUAGUAGUCAAAAUUACCAUUUGUGGGUUUAUUGGCCUCCUCAUUUUGCAGAGAAUUCAGAGAUGGGAGGCAUGUUUGGUCUUGAACAGAUCAUUUGCAAGUAAUCCCCUGCAAAAUUUAGGAGAAAGAGCAAUAAGCCAUCUUCUUCAACAAACAUGGUGGACUGCAGACAAAAAAGUUGCCCAUCCUCCAAAGUACCUAAAGUACCAUUGUAUUUUGUUGUUGCUGUUUUAUCUAAAAAGUAGUUAGAAAAGCUUCCCCCACUUUUCUUUGUCAUAGGAAAAACUAGUUUUUUAUAUUUCCGUGAAUAGCAGCAGUUACACAUUCUAGGUGUCAUUUUGCAGAGUUUUGCAGAAUAGAAACUUAGAAACCAUUUGCCUUUUCUCUCCCAAUGUUCAUUAAAGUAUUAUUUUUUUUCCAGUACAAGGUAGCUUUUUGAUAGCACCUUCAACCCUGACUUUCUAUUUUUUUUAACCUACACACACACACACACACACACACACACACACACACACUAACACUAUACAAUUGAGAAAGCAUGGGGAAUUUUAAAACGUGACUUUGGGUUUACAAACAAAAAACAAAAAAUAAACCCAAGCACCAGCAAUGAGAGAUAGUUCGUACUUUCUUGGGAACACUCCAGCAUAGAGCAAAGCUGCCUUUUCUUUAUUCCAUAUCCCCACAGAAGAAAGAUAUUUUUUCUCUCUUGCAAGGGGAUUUUUUUAAAAAGCUGCAAGGAUUUUUUCACCAAAAAUCCACUUCUUCCUUCUGGUAACUGAACUUGAAGGGAAAAUGACUUCUUCAUUCUUCCUAGGAUAAGAAAAGGAAUGAUUUUCCUCUUCCCUUCAUACUUUUUCAGAAGCAGAAAUAAUAAGUAAAAAUGGUGCCUUAAAAAGAAAAGCCUUACUUGCACUAGUCAAAACAUAGUUCUGUUCCUCCCCAAAGCUAUACUGAAUUGUUCCACAACUAGAGGUUUUGGUGCAGUACCGAACCUGGGCAGAGUGGAACAGCACACUCAGUAAGAGGAGAUAGAUGUAUGAUCUCUUAAUUGAUCAAAUCCAUCCUAAAUUAAACAAAAUGGCCUUGAGUGUUGAAAUUUGAGAGGUUUUUUUCUGAUUUCAGUUCCUUUACACCCUACCAUGAUUAUGCAAACAAGAAUUGGUUUUAAUUUAAAAAAGGUUAUUUAUAUACUCCUUAUUUAGAACCUGAAUGUGAGGCAGAAUAGGUCACUGUAAAACAGUUUUUUUCUACCUUGAAGCUUAUAGCAGAUAAAUUUAAGACAAUCAUGGAACUCAGAAGUGUUAAUUAUUAUAUUGUCUUUUUUCCUGUAGCAAUAAAUAACCAAGUGCAAUGACUGAUGUAAUAAAUCCUAGAGAUUGCCACUAUGAAGGGUUUUUUUUUUAAUGAUGGCUAUUUUCUCUAAUGUCUGUCUUUAUGCUCUGUGAUGGGAAAUGGGACUGGAUGCAGACAUUCCAAAGAAUAAAAUUUUUUUCAAGGAGGAAUCUUUACUGACUUGUUUACAGGUGCUGCAAAAUUAUGUAUGCUAUCAGAAUGCCACAAAUAAAAUUAUAUGCUGUUAA